AUGGCUCCAAUUGCUGAUGUUUUUUAUGACUUGAUUGCUCUAGUCAAUGAUGGUAGCAAGCCUGAUAAGGUUUUCAAGGACAAGGAUGUGAACUUUGUGGCCAAAGCCCUUAAGGAGUACUGUGGGGAGAUAGUUAGCCCAACUCAGGUGUACAACCACCUGAGGAAGUGGAGGCAGAAGUGGUCUAAGGUGGCCAAGCUGAAGGACCUUAGUGGAGCUUUAUGGGAUAGUGAUGCCAAUGCUAUCAUGCUUGACCAUGACCACUUUCUUGGUCACUGCAAGGACCAUCCCAAAGAUGCAGAGUUCUUGAACUGCCCUAUUAGGUUCUACACUGAUAUGGAGGCCAUUUUUAGCCAUUCACAGGCCACUAGGAAGUGGGCACUUGGGUCUGGUGAAGCCUUAGGGCAGAACCAGUCUAAAACUGUUAUGGUGAAGGAGGAAGGGCCUUCUAUGACCCAACCAUUUCCUAGCAAAGCCCACUUUGAUGUUGGAGAGGGUAGCAAAACCAUGGAGGUGCCUUCCACAACUGUGGGUGGCAAGAGGAACAGGGUGAAUUUCACUGAGGAUAAGGUGAUUAUGUUGAUUAACAUGUCUGAUGCAGUCAACAAUGUGGCUAAUGCUCUUAGGGAGACUGGUCUUGCUCAUGUUGAUGCUAACCUAUAUCUUGCUGCAAUGGACAUGCCUGGCUUUCCUGAGGAGGCACUUAUUGUUGCCUACACCUUCCGCCUAGACAACAAGGCCCAAGGCAGGGGCUUUGUGAACAUGAGUGAUGCCCAUAGGACCCUUUGGCUUGGGACCUUCCUGGCCAAGAACUACUGUAUGUAG